AUGGAAGAGAGAAACCACAGUUCAGUCACGAGCUUCAUCCUCCUGGGGUUCACCACUGACCCGAAGCUGCAGCUUCUCUUGUUCAUGGUGUUCACCUUAGCCUACAUCACCACCCUUGUGGGCAACAUCACCCUCAUCACGGUGAUACGGCGUAGCUCAUGGCUCCAUACCCCAAUGUACUUCUUCAUUGGGAACUUGUCCUUCCUGGGCCUCUGGUAUUCCUCCGUCUAUACCCCCAAGAUCCUGCUGAACUGCGUCUCCGAGGACAAAAGCAUCUCCUUCGCUGGGUGUGCUGCUCAGUUCUUUGUCUCUGGUGGCUUGGCCUACACUGAGUGCUAUCUGCUGGCAGCAAUGGCCUACUACCGGUACGUGGCUGUCUCCAACCCACUGCUCUACUCUGCUGCCAUGUCCAAGAAGCUGUGCAUGGGGCUGGUGGCUGCCUCCUACCUCAGCGGCUUUGCCAACUCCACCCUCAUUACCAGCCGCACGUUUGCCCUCAGCUUUUGCAAUACCAACGUCAUCGAUGACUUCUUCUGCCACCUGCCCCUGGUGAAGCUCUCCUGCGAUGUGACAGACAGCUACCAGGCACUCCUGUAUGUCAUCCUGACCUUCAAUGUAAUCCUCCCCUCCACGCUCAUCCUCGCAUCCUAUGCCUCCAUCCUGGCUGCCGUCCUGAAGACAUGCUCGGCCGAGGGGAAGCACAAAGCCUUCUCCACCUGUGCUGCCCACCUCACCACUGUCAACCUAUACUAUGGCUCCAUCCUCUUUAUUUAUGCUCAACUUCAGAGGGACAAGGUGGUUUCUGUGUUUUACACGGUGAUGAUCCCCAUGCUGAACCCCUUCAUCUACAGCCUGAGGAACCAGGAGGUGAAGGGGGCACUGAAGAGACUGGUGAAGAGACAGACAGCUUCUUAA